CAAGUAAAGGAAUGACGUGUCCAAGUCUACCCAAACAGCUGGGGUAGGGUUACUGUAAACACAGUCAAUCUAAAUUCCUUCUUCCUGGAGCAGGCUGUUUUGAGCAUUUUCUUUGCAGAUACACUGAUCUAUAAGAAUUUCACACCCGCUGACUGACAGCGUCAGUGGAGAUCUGCAUUAUAUCCAGUACAGUAAUCUGACAAAGGAACUACCUAUCUGAGCAGUCAUGGCAGAAGGUGGCUUUGAUCCCUGUGAGUGUAUCUGCUCACAUGCACAUGCCAUGAGAAGACUGAUAAACCUGCUGAGACAAUCGCAGUCCUAUUGCACAGACACUGAAUGCCUUCAGGAGCUUCCAGGCCCAAAUCCAUCUGGUGAUGAAGGUAUCAGUAUCACGAUGAUAAUGAUGGCCUGGAUGGUUAUUGCCUUUCUUUUGUUUAUGCUGAGGCCUGCCAGCCUGAGAGGACCACUUACAGGAGGGAAGUCAAACAGUCCUCAUAAUCAUGAAGGACAAGAACCUCCUGCUCCUCCACUAGAUUAAAUCAAGUCGUUAGCCAGUCAAGAGCUCAAGUGACCAAAACAACUUCUGUGGCCUGACAACUCAACCUCCAUUUGGAUAUUAGUUUUCAUGUACAUCCACAUGUGCAUAAUUUAUUCAUGUUUUCCUCUGGUAUUGGUAGUAAUAAUAAUAAUAAUCAUCCAUAUCCUGAUGAUUAGUUUUGCUAUAUAAAUGUUGGAACUCUUGCCAUAUAGUAAUUUUUGUUAAUAUUUUCAGAAAACUAGGGUGUGCCAGUUAAUAGGUUACAUUAACUCUUUCAGGCAGCUGUGGCAUUUUAACAGCAUUUUUUAAACAUUUUCUAAUACUGGACAUUCCAACAUUUCUGAUCAUUCAGUAUACAGUGGAGUGAAUCAGUCAUGCUGAUCUUCGUGCUUCGUUUAAAACAUGAGUUAUAUUCAUUUUUUUAGAACAUUACUUAAAGAAAAUAGUGAUUCAGCUUAAAGCCAGAAAGAAAGAAAUUGUUAGUGUUUUAGUGAAGUGUUUGUCUCAUGGCUUUAAGUUGUUUUGUUAUUUUUGUAUUUACUGCAUAUGUUGACAUAGUGCAAAACAUAGGAGUUUUCAGUCUUAAAAGUUUUCUGAUGCAUAUUUAAGCAUCACAUUGUUAUUAAGAGUGAUGUAAGCAAUAUGUGCGUACUUAGUAAGUUAAAUUAACCUUUGGCACUUAAUUCCUUCCCUGGUGUUGAUUAUAAUAUUUUAAUAGAUAAAUUAGAUUCCGACCUUAAAAUGUUAAAGGUUCUGGUCCUGUUUGCAGUUCUAUAAGCAAAAAAAAAAAGUUUCUGUGUUCUGAUAUAAAAAAAAAGUUUUCAUAAAAAAUGCAUUUUAUACAAGUCAUUACUAUGAAUGACAGCUUCUGAAGAAGAUCCAGUUGUAUCCACUCAUAGCCACCUAUGAUGUCAGAGAAACAUAGAAUUUUCUAAAAAAUCUAACAUUUUAAUUUGCUCAUUUUAUGAAGGAUGACCUGUAUCAGAGCGAGUUGAUGGUUUAAAACUAGACCAUUUAAAUCAUCAAAUGUUUGUGUUUUUUAGGGAUGUGUAGAUCCAUAAAAUGAAUCAGAAUUGCCUUGUGCUUACUGCAGUGGCACUUGGGGUGGGGAC